AUGCUGGCGACCGCCGCCAACGCAGCGGUGGCCUGUCUACCGCCAGCAGCAGCGGCGGCUGCGUGGCGGCCGCGCCGGCACGUCGACAACCGCCUGCAGCAGAAGUACCGGAGCGUGGAGAGCGCUGCCCAGGCGGCUGCACGCAAGGCGGCAGCCAAGGCGGCGCAGAUAGCGCAGCAGGCGCAGCAGGCGCAGCCCCCGGCGGGCGCAGGCGAGGUGCAGCGCUGGAUGGACUCGGCGCAGCGCAGCGCGCAGCGCUGGUGGGAGGGUCAGCCCGCGUACUCUGUUGGCGUGUCCAACCGACAGCAGGCCUACAGCAGCGGCGCCCCGCCCUCACCCUCCGCCUUUGGCUGGGUGCCGCUGGCGCUGGCGGCCAGCGUCGCCUUCAUCCUCAUGUUUGGCCGCCGCAUCCGGCUGCCCUGGGGCGGCGGGCGCCGCGGCGCGGGCGGCCGCUGGGUGAUGGACCGCUCGCUGGGUGGAAAGAUGAUCUUCAUUCCUGAUGCAGACCCCACGCCCGCCAGCGCCGCCGCAGCCAAGCAGCCGCGGCCGCUGUGGGGAGACGACGCGGCAGGCAGCGGCGCUGCCGCUGCGGCGACGGCGGCAGCGGAUGCGGGGCCGUGGGGCGCUGCGCCGCCGGCGCCGGCGGCCGUGCCAGCGGAGCCGGACUGGUGGCAGCAGGCGCCCCGCUUCCUGGUCUAUGCCACCGCUGAGCGCAAGCAGGAGCUGCAGCGGCAGGCGCGGGCGGUGCUGCGGCAGCUGGAGGACGCCAAGCUGCUGCAGGGCCUGGACUAUCCGCUGAGCGGCCUAGUCAGCCUGCGCACGCUGUGCCAGGAGGCGGGCGGGUACCAGGUCAAGCCGCGCACAGAGUCGGGGCGGGAUGCCAUGCUGCGUGCGGGCGUCAAGGCCGCCAUCUCGGCCGGGCAGGAGGGCCUCUUCUCCAUGCUUGGGGGAGACCACCCCGCCAAGUUUGUGUGUGGGCUGGCGCACGACCUGGGGGUCCCCGACAGGCGCGCCGUCACCAUUGUGCACGCCGAGGUGGCCUCCACGUGCCGCUCCGCGCUGAUUGAUGCCGAGGCGGCGUACCGCUCGUCCAACCAGUCCGACAUACUGCUGGCCCUCAUCCGCCUGGCGGGCGCGCUGCAGACCUUCCCGCUGCCGCGCGGCAGCGCCGAGGCGGAGCUGGUGGCGGCGGGCAUUGCCAAGCAGACCAGCGUGGAGUUCAGGAAAAGCAUCUUCUUUGAGUUUGGGGCGGUGAGCCCCGACCUGGCGGCGCUGGCUGCCGAGCUGCUGGGGUUCAACCCAGACCUCGUCAUGCCCGUGCUGCGGCAGCGGCAGGCGGCGGCGGCGGCGCAGCAGCAGAAAGUGUGA